AUGGGCAAAGAUGCUGAGACAAUUAGCCAUAUUGACAUAGAGGCCAUGAGGAUGGGAAAGCAACUUAACAUGGACCAAAGGGAGUACCUCACCAGACCCAUAUCAGAAAACAAAAUUACCAAAGCCCUUAAAGGAAUUGGAGACCUCAAAGCUCCAGGGCUGGAUGGGUAUGGAGCAAAAUUUUUCAAAACUAGCUGGUCAACUAUAAAAGCUGAUGUGAUAACAGCUGUUAGGGAAUACUUUGAAACAGGUAAAAUAUACAAAGCUUUUAACAGUGUUGCAGUAUCCUUGAUUCCAAAAGGCCAUAAUGCUUGUGAAAUCAAAGACUACAGACUUAUAGUUGUCAGCACCAUUUUCUAUAAAAUUAUUUCCAAGAUUCUGACUGACAGACUAGGAUCUGUCAUACCUAGUGUGGUAAACCAAAAUCAAGCAGCUUUCGUGCCAGGCCAGAACAUCCAUAAUCACAUCAUGCUUGCUGCUGAAUUGCUUAAGGGCUACACUAGGAAAGGAGGCACACCUAGAAUCAUGAUGCAAUUAGAUCUACAAAAAGCAUAUGAUAUGGUUAAUUGGAAGGCUUUAGAGUGCAUCGUGAAGGAAAUGGGAUUCCCUAACAAAUUCAUCCAAUGGAUUAUGCUAGGCAUCACCACUGUUUCGUACAAAUUUAACAUCAUGAGGGAAUACACUAAUAUCCUACAGGCUAAAAGGAGGAUUCAAAAGGGUUAUCCUUUAUCACCUAUGCUCUUUGUCCUCAUAAUGGAGUAUAUGAACAGAAUGUUGGUGAAAAUGCAAAGAGACCCUAAUUUCAACUACCAUGCCAAAUGUGAAAAGCUGAAAAUCACCAACCUCACUUUUGCAGAUGAUGUGCUAUUAUUCUGCAGAGGCGACGACAUAUAA